UCAUCAGCAGUUUUUACAAAUAAAACGUCGCAGUUGUCAGAACGAGCAGCAGCAGUCGUGAUUUCCGUAUCAAAAUAGCUGAUUUGCUAGUUUUGUGAUCUAUAAUUUUGCAAUUUUUCGAUAAAACAGCAGCCUGGUGGAUAGAAGUUUGGUUUUUUGACACCGUUUAGUGCUUCCUGGCUGGAGGAAGCCAGGGAUUUGAGAAAAACGUUCUUAGUGAUGGAUUACAGAGAAUCGACCCGUUGGUAUCUGCGGCGGCUGCACCAGACGGACUUUCUGACCGUAAACAUCGAAGCGCAAACGGACAUCAGCCGUUCGGUUCGCUCAGCCAUUCCGCUGGAUAAGGUCCAUUUCCAGCACAUAUCCAAGCGCCACUGUAUAAUUCGGAGCAAGCACGGCGUUGCUACCCUGACGGAUGAAACGUCCACAACUGGAACCUACGUCAACAAUCGGAAAUUCUGCAAAGAGCACCCAGGGUCGACGAUUCUCUCGGAAGGUGAUCUCAUUGGAAUCGGGACGCCCUGCUUCCAGGAUGAAUCGUUCUACCGGGAAAACAACCAUGUGUUGUUGUUCCAGGUGUGCAGGGAUCGGAACCGAAUCGUUCGCGAAGGCGACGUGGAAGUGAUCCUGGGUAGCGAUGAGGAACCGGAAGAUGUCAAAGUGUUCGAUUUGGAGCGGAUGGCGGCAGAAGAAGGCCAGAAGGACCAGGCUCCGGUGCCGGUUCCGAGAGAUGAACGGCUGUUUCGCAUUGUGGAAAGGAUUGAUCUGUCAUCAGAUGAAGAGGCAGUACAGGAGAUGGAAUCGGCAGAGCGGGUGACACGGAUGGAUGAACGCAUUUUAAAGGAAACGGAAAAGAAGGCUAAGGAGUUGGAAGGGCCUCGACUCCAUGAAGAAAUUGACCUCACCAAAGGACAUGCGAAUAAGGAAAACAGGCAACUGGAAAGACAUGUCAAAAGUGAAAGUUUGCAGAAACAGGAAGAAGAUAGAAACAAAGAUAGAGAUAAGCAUAAACGAAGUUCAUCAGACUCACGAGAUCGGAAAAAAUCAGCUGAUAAAGCAGAAGCCAACAUUAAUCAGAAUGGAGACUGUAAGAGCGAGCAUAAUGGAGCGGAGAAGUUGAAAGAUGGAAUCGAUGAACUAUUUCAGGACUCAUAUUCCUACCCAGAGCGAUCCGGACCUCAGAAAACAAUUCUUUCUAUCACUUUAGAUGACAGUGAUGAAGCGGAAGAUGAACAAGACUUUAGCGAACUUGCGUUAACACAAUCGUACUACCGACAAGUGAAGAAAGAGCUACUGGAGGUGGAAUCUCAAGAAGAGGAACCAGAGCCGGAACCUGUGCCCGAGGUAACAAAAAUCAAAGUCGAAAAUGCUUCUCCACAAAGAACACCAAUCGUAUUCGACGAUGCUCCAAUCUAUAUCGAAGAUGACGACGAGGACGAAGAUUACUUGGAAGAUUCCAAGAGAUGGUUCCAGCGAUUAUCCCAAAGAAGCUCUCCACUCAGGACUAAACAGAGCACUGGCGUUGAGGAGGUGCCGAUCAUUAAGGCGUUACCAAGUGAAAAGCCAAUCGAACUGGAUGAGUACUGUUCCAGAGAUAUGGAUAUUCCUGAUGAUAUCCUAGAUGUGUUUAAAGAACCAGAUCCAGCAGAGGAAACACCGGAAUCUGAUCACGACAUGUCUGGGAUUGAAGAGUUGCCAACUGUUGAUGCUAAUGACCGUAUGGACAUUGGAGUCGAAAACCCGGAUGAGUUUUUGGACAAUUUCUUCGAUGAAUUCGAAGAUAAGAACGAACAGACACCAAUUCUGAAUCCACCGGGUUCCGUUCGCUCAGCAGCGCCUCCAAGUGUUUUUAAGCCUCCGUUGCCAAAAUCUCCCGAAUCGGGUCGAACGCCCAUGAACGAAAAGAACUCCAACAGCGCAUCAAAUGCCUGGAUCAGUAAGAAAGUUCCUUUGAUAGAGCCGCAUCACGUAGUCAAACGACGAACGAGCGCCAGUGCGGCAUCGUUGAACAAAAAGCCACCAAAGAUACCGAAGCAUUCACCAGUUCGGAAACCCGAAGUCACCAAAGAAGUUCGCAAGCAAAAGUUGAAAGAAAUAACUGCCAAGAAAAAUCUUGCCAACGAUGGUGAUUCAAGGCACAAAACUUCCACUAAACCCAAGGUUAAAUUCACCCCGUGCAAUCGAGGUGCUUUCCUAACUGAACCCAUUCCUGGGCCUAGUAAAGCUGCAAACAAUCAUCAAGAAUCUCUCUCUGGAACCAACAACAACGGAGAAGAUUUCAUCUGUACGCAAUCAACUGCCCUGACCGAUGUACCGCCUAUUGAUGAUCUGAUCGACAUUGCCAUAACCAAAGCACCAAAACUCACCUUCAACAGUGUCGCUAAAGUUAGUCGCGUAGCUCAAAACGCUCCAGCAUUCAAAAUACCAAAACUACGGCCAUCCACCACACAGAAAGCUCCCAGUAGAGAUUCCAUUCAAUCGAUUUUGGACAACAUUCCACUCCCCACAGCUCCCGCCAAACCUACACCAUUUUCAAAACCUCACGUAAUCCCAAUCCUUAAAACACCACCUCGGAAGCAACAAGUCAUCUCAGUCGCUCAGAAGUCCUCCCGCCUCAAAUCUAUACUGAAAUCUCCACGCGGGAAACACAUUCAGCCCUCAAAGAAACACGUCCAAUGGAGCGAAUCCCUCAUCCAAACGCGCACCUUCGAGCUCGAAGAAGGCAACUUUAUGACGGUCCAGACUAAAUUCUACAAGGACAACACCGACUUCUUCCGGGACAUGUCACAGGAAAGUUGCCAGAACGAGAUCAUUAAGGACAUCACCAGCUGGGACGCCGACUGGUUCGACAAUCCGUCCGGGGCGGCCAUCAACGGCAACCAACCGUUGCUGCCGAUGGUCGAGGAGUAUGCCGAUUUUGAUGACUAUAAACGGAUCGUGCUGCCUAUUCUGAAGACGGAGCUGUUCCACGACAUACUGGGACAGUACGUGGAGGUCAAGAAGCGGACACAGGAGCCCAUCCAGAUGAAGGUCAACCAGAUUCGCGGCCAGGGGCGGACGUUUGUGAUGAACUGCAGCGUGGAAAGCAGCAAGAUACAAUCCAUCAACAACAAAGAUUAUGUGCUGAUAAUGUUCAGAGACCGAAGCACCGGAAACCAUAUGCGUUUUCCGGCUGUGGUCACUGGUCGCCGUCAACAGAUUCAAUACUCCGAAGAGAACGGACUCAAGUUCUUCCAUGCGACCAUCGAAACUGCCAAAACUCCCCUAUCGCAGAGGAUAAAAGAUGGCCAUGGAGAACAGUACCGGAUUCUGGCGCUAACACAAAUUAACCUGCAUAUGCGACAGUUCCACGUUCUUUUCAAUCUUCAGAAUUCUCCUCUACUGGAUAACAUACUCUCGCCCAAGUGCAAUUUCUACAGUAGUAACAUGGAGAUCGACCGCAGCACGUACAAGGGAAAGGUAAGUAUCGGCUGGCAGCAUCGAUCGCCACAGGAAUACCAAUUAACCAAAGAUUAUAUCCGAAAGGAGGGGCUCAACGUUCAGCAGGGCGACAUUUUGCUGAGCGUAUUUGGACAGUGUUUGGACAUGCAUCGGCCACACAUAAUGCUGAUACAGGGACCCCCUGGGACCGGAAAGUCUAGGGUGAUCAGUAAUUUGGUGUUGCAACUGCGGAGAGGUAUGCCCGAACGUCGACCGAAAAUUUUGGUUUGCGCCCAGUCCAAUACUGCCGUUGACGUAAUCGUGCUGAAACUGAUGAAGUUGUUUAGGUUAUUGAAUAAGGACGAAAGGUGUAAUAUGCUUCGGACGGGUGCAUCCAAUAAGGUCAACCCCGAGUGUAGGAUAGUGUUUCUCGACGACCUUGCCAGAAAACACGUCGACGAGCAGAUCAGGUGUCGAAAGCUACGGGAUGAGGAUCCAAUUUACGAAACGUAUUACUUAGAGGUUGAAAAUCUGCAGAAAAGGAUCAAACAUCUUCGAUGUACCAGUCUUCAGGGCGGAAGUUUACUGCAAACCACCCGUUUGCAGGAUGAGCUAGAUCAACUGGAAUCCCGGCUCGAGCAAAUCAAACGCCUGCUGCCGGAGAACUUCGAAAACAUAGACCUGUACGACAAGGAGCGCCGAGGUAUGGAAAUGCAUGCCAAGAAGCAGUUCGUGGCCAAAGCGGACGUAGUUUGCACUACGCUGGGAAGCUGUGGGAGCUUAACCGAUUACACGCAAUCGUUGAGGUUCGACAUUUGUAUUAUUGAUGAGGCGACUCAGUGUACGGAAAUUGCUUCCUUCACGCCUCUUCAGUUCGACGUGAAAAAGCUGAUAUUGGUGGGCGAUGUCAAGCAGUUGCCUCCGCUUGUGUUCGGGAAAGAAUGUGCCGAAGCUGGGCUGAAAAAUUCUCUGUUUUCGAGAAUCCAAAACUCAUUCAUUGGAACAAAUUUGGAAGGAGUAAAAAUGCUAACCGUGCAGUACCGUAUGCACCCGGAAAUACUUAAAUGGCCCAACGAGUAUUUCUAUGACGGGAAGCUGACGAGCGAUCCGAAAGCUACCAAAUGCGACGGGUUCCCUUUCAAACCGUACACCAUCUUCAGCUUGGAAUGCCAGCAGAACCAAACGCAGAUGGAACACCAAAUCUACAAUAACGAAGAGAUCCAGUUUGUUUUAAAACUGCUCACCGAAAUCAUUCAGUUCUGCGAUCGGCAUACGUCCAUUGCCAUUAUCACGCCUUAUACCCGACACAAACGAGAGUGCGAAAAGUUUCUGCAGGCGAAGAAGAUCACCCAGGUGUCGGUUUUGUCGAUCGACUCGGUGCAAGGGCAGGAGUACGACGUGGUGGUGAUUUCCCUGGCGAGGUCCAUCGGAACCGGGUUUUUGGACAACCCCCAGAGGCUAAAUGUGGCUCUGACACGGGCCAGAAAGUGCUUGGUCAUGUGUGGCAAUUUUGCCGAUCUACGGGAGGCGAACGUGUGGUCCAAUUUGUUGAGGGACGCCGAACAACGGAAGGUACUGUAUCACAUCGAGGAAGACGACGAGUAUGACGAUGUGGAUACGUUUGUAGAAAAGGUCAUGCGACAUUUGCGAAAGAACCCUUCAGAUCAUGCCAUAGCUUAAAGCAAACGAGUUCGUUAUCAGUUUAAGACUGAAUAGUUUUUACGUCCAGUUCUCGCUGAUAGUGCUCUUAUUCCAAUAUUUGUUUGUUUUUAUAACAUGUAAUGUAUCAUGUAAAUAUAUUUUGAUAUAUUUCAUCAAGUACUUAAAUUAAGUGAAGACAAUAUAUAAAGUCAUGUACGGGAAAUCUUUUCGAAGAUAAAGCUGCUCUCUUUAAAAAUGAGAAUAAUGACAUUUGAAACCAAUUAAUUAUUGAUGACUUUUCCAUAAUUAUUUACGAAUGUGUCUUUGUAGGCUCUUACUGAUGUGAAUAAACCAGCCACAAGUACCGUAAACUGGGAUCAAAUUGAUCAGCGGGGUGAAGUUGAUCAUUCGGGUACUACAUUGUAAUUCCAUACUAGGGACUCUUAAGCGUCGUAAUGAUCUUAAACUUUUCACGCCAUCUGGUUCGUAGAUGUCUAGCGAUGAGUGUAGACUUUUAAUAUUUAAAAAAAAAGUUAGUUUUGCCUUAUUUUUUAAGGAAUUUGCCAUGUAUUUCUCAUUUAGCUGAAAUCAUUGCGACUAAACAAUCUAUUGCUAAUAGAACUUCCCGUAAAUUCUCUGUUUAAUCAUUUUUGUGGAGCCUUGGUUGGGAAGUUAUGUAGCUAAUCAGAGCAUGACAUAGUUAAAAAUAAGUUCAUUUUAUGAUUAAAAAGUCAUUUAUGGUGAUAGAAAUCACUUAUUUCAAAUGGAAUUGCCUACCUUUAGGCGUUUAAGGGGGAAAUUUUAAAAUUUAAUUUUGCAUUUAAAGUAUUAAAUUCGCUAGUUGUAAGAUUUUAAACGCGUUAUUCGGCUUUAGAAGAGCCAAUUCAUGGAGAUCCAAUGGGCACUGGCUUUACAGAAAUUCUUUUGCCAAUAUUUGAAUUUCCACUGAUGUUAUCCGGAAAAGUUGUUUUAAAAUGAUCAAUUUGAGCCCGGAUUAUGGUACCUAUAAACGAUCGGAAAAGCCUGCCUAUUUUCAGAAAGAGACAAAGAUUAAAAAUAAGACACUAACUCAACAGUACCACUUCUAGAUCAACAUUUAAAAAGGGCCUAGCGAGUACAAUUUGUUUAUUGUGGAAACUGUUUGCCACUCAGUCUGUACGAAAAUCGCUUCCCGAACAACUGUGUUGAGCAAGAACAAUAUUAAAAUCUUGAAGGCCCAACAUGUCGUUCGCGCUCUGUGUGAAACCUGAGACGUUCGCUCUUUUCGAUGCCAGAAUUCUCAUUAACAUGGGACAGCUAUGCUGCACACGGCAGCAUUGCAUUUGAAGAAGUUACUAUCGUACAGAGGAACGGUAACCGAUCUCAUCGGCCUAGAUCGCAGGGCAGUGAAGCAAGCUUUCGCUGCUCUAAAGAGAGCAUCGAGGAUAGGCAUGACGUUGACAAUAAACUCAGAGACAGGUAGGCUCCACAUUAUCUUCUGGCCUGUUCUUUCCAAAAUACAGCAACAUUGGCAUUUCCCUCGUAAAAUUUUUAUUUGAUUUUUAUUUUAAGUAUUCUGUUCAUUACAAGUUUUUUUUUUGUUCUAAUUAAACCGACUUUAAAAUGUAAAUCAUAAAUUAGGGCAGAUUAGGGAGACAGUUCUUACGAUCUAUUGGGUUCUAAUGGUGUAGGUUCUAUUUUUUUUUCUAUUGCAAUCUGCUUUUAUCAGCUCAACAAGUUUGCAGAUAGCAAGUGGGAGAAAAGAAGCACAGAGGAAAUACAUGCACUACAUCUAUGUAACCGUAACUAGGGAG